UACUUAUGUAUAUUUAUGUUUGUGCUGAUUUGACGGCAAUAUUUGUAAGAUAGUCUUCUGUAAUAAAGCGGUACGCUUAGUAAAAGAGCGUCACUAAUCGCUAUAGGCGGCCAAAGCUAACGAGUCACUAGCUAAAAUCCACAUUCUUAAUUGUAUUUGAUUCGCCGAAUGGUAAGUUUGAGUGCCGUUAGCGUUUGGAAGGAUUAAGUCCUGUUCUGCGCAUUUAUGGCUAUACAUUUUCGUCACUUCUCACUCAUGGCUCGUUAAUAUCGCGGUACUGCGGCUAGCUGCUUUCUGUGUUGGCUAACAGGUGGUGUGAAUAGUCGUCAGACCAUCUGUUUUUAGUGACUGUUAUAAGUCAGAGAUGCACCAUCAGGAUUGUUCUGGAGGUCCGCCUGGGACCGGGAGUAGGAAGUCGACUUUCCACUACAGGAGGGGCAACAGCGGUGUGCCUGCCCUAUCCUCAGCCGCUGCCGGUGGAGUUAACACCGUAGACGAGAGUACAGCUCCGGCUGGAUCUUCUCCAGGACUCCAACACCAGCCCCAAACCCAAGCAGCUGGUGCACAGGUGAAGAAGAAGAGUGGCUUCCAGAUCACCAGUGUCACCUCAGCUCAGAUCAGUGUGAGCGGCAACAACAGUUUAGCAGAUGACACUGAGAGCUACGAUGAUCUGGAUGAGUCGCACACCGAAGAUCUCUCUUCCUCUGAUAUGUUGGACGUGUCUGUGCCCAGAGCCACAGAUACAGCUGUGCCGGAGAGGAGCUCCUCUGAUGAGACAUUGAAUAGCCUCCAUGGGGUUGACACACCUGGCAUUGUAUCCCCCAAUGAACCACUUCACUCUCAUCCUAACCUUCAGGUCUCCCAGCAGAACACUUCAAUGGUAAAUGGGGUUGUGCAUCAUCAUUAUCCACAGCAACACAGCCAGCCCCUCUAUCACCACUCUGAUAGCUUUGGAGGAGUUGAGCCCUCGCUGCCAGAUCUUCCCAUCGCCCUCUUGGCAACUUCCAGCCCUGCUUUAGCUUCUAAAGGGGGGGUUAGCCAGUCAAGACCCACAGUCGUGGAAAGCACUAAACCUGCAGGUGGGAAAAUUCAACCUUUAGUAAUUGACACUCACCUACAGGGUAAUGCUGCUGCUGGUUUGCUUCCCUCUGGGCCUUUAGGUUUUGACCAUGCUGGUGUGAGUGCCCACACAGCUUCUGCUGGAGUAGGAACAGCUUUGUCUGCCACAUCCCAUCAUACCCAUACUCAGACUGGUACAGGCUCUCGUUUCCGGGUGGUCAAAUUAGACACAUACUCUGAGCCUUUCCGCAAAGGAAGGUGGACAUGUACAGAGUAUUAUGAAAAGGAGCUUCCUCAUUCAGCUACAUCUGAGGCAGUAAAAAGUGCAGAUGUUAUUUUGGAGACUGAGACAGGUAAUGCAGUAACUAGUCCAGGUGUACUUGCAGUGCAGCCACCUCACACGCUGCAGCCACCAAGCCAGGACUUCACCACUCCACAGACAAUGCAGAGUUCACCACAAGGACUGGCUCACACCCUUUCUGCGCCCUAUGUUGCUCCCCAGGAUGUUGUUGGUGGGGCUCACAUGCAGAAAUCUUUGGCUCCCAUCACCCUAGCAACAGGAACAACACAGGUGACCCAACAAGGCAGUGUGAGUCAGCCUCUCUCUACAGUGCACCAGCAGCUGUUGUACGCUGUGGAUCCCCACCAGAGUCAAGCCCAGGGAGGAUACCCUGCAUCACAGGUCCAUGUUGAGGCCGUGGGCCAUGGGAGCAUCCGACAGCCAGAUUUCAUCCAGCCUACUGCUCCUUUCCAGACACAGGUCCAGCAUACGCUGCAACACAUCACAACAGGAAUGUCUCGAGCAAUGGGGCCACUGGGAACAACACAACCACCUGUCACUCCGCAGUUGCCCCAUCAGGUUCAUGUUGCUCCACCUGCUCAGGCACCAUUUCCCUCAGGUCAGGCUCAACCUCCCUCCACAGUCCCAGUUGCACUUGCCCUGGGGACUCCAUACAUGCCUCUGACUGCAUUGCAAGCUGACCUACAGCCUCUUCUUACCCCGAGUACAAUCCUGACUCAGGUUUCUGGAGGAGGGAGCUCUAUAAAAGCCUCCCAGCUUGAGGAUGCUCAGAAACUUUUGCUGCAGCACCAGGGUCUGCUUGGCCUGCCCAGGCUGGGGGUGGCAGCUGCAGGCGAGCGGGCUGCAGAAGCCAGCAGUACUAUUGGAACCUUUUCUCACAUGGGGAUGUCACCUGAGGCCAGCGCUUUCAUGGCUGCUGCAGGACUCAGGACUCAACCUGCUGAAGGAGAGGAAGACAGCUCUUCUGGUGCCAGUGUGGUGGCCAUCGACAACAAGAUAGAACAAGCGAUGGACCUGGUGAAGAGUCACCUGAUGUAUGCUGUGCGCGAGGAGGUGGAAGUGCUUAAGGAGCAGAUUAAAGAGUUGAUCGAACGCAACAGUCAGCUGGAGCAGGAGAACAACCUGCUCAAAAAUCUGGCCAGCCCCGAGCAGAUGGCCCAGUUCCAGGCCCAAGUUCAGAUGGGUGGCUCCCCAACCAGUACCGCCCAGCCUCUAGUCUCAAACCCGACCGGAACAACACAGGCGCUCCCCUCCACACAAAACUAAGGCCCUUCUGCAUAAUGAAGACCCCUGAAGAGUUGACAUGGAGCCUGGGAGGAUGGAAGCUAAAAGGAGGGGUUCUGCCAUACUGUGACCCGACUCUAGACUGCACGACGACGCCAGCAACACGAGUUCACCUGAUGUGGAAAAACCAUUUUGUUGUACAUUUUAUUUAACCAAUGUUCUGACUGUGGAGUUGCACCAGUGUUUGUGUGCUUUGUCUACAACUUUUACCUGCUUCAGACAAUCGUGGUUUUUGUAACCAUGGUGAUGAAGAGACUGAUGCAGCUGAUGAUCACCAUGGAGGGAGAAGCUAAUGAGUUCUUGUGCAUUGAGUGCAUGCAGUGACUGUUGUGCCAUCCAUCCCCCUUCCACAACCAGCACUGUCAGCACACACUCAUCAUUUUGUUGAUGCAUCAUUUUUGUUUCUUAAUGCUGUGGUUCAAACUAAAACAUGCACUUUUUUAGUGCAGACUACCAGAAAAACAAAUGACAAUGGACAUGUCAAGAAAAAUAAGAAAGCCGGCGUCAUCAGUCCUGAUGUUGUGCAGGCGGGACUGCGUCACAUCAUUGUUCACUUUGAGAACUGUGUGUUGUUGUGGAGGUUUCACAUUGCCGUCUCCACCCUUGUGCACACUCUCCCUAAUGGACAGAACAGUAAACAUUUAUGCAGGGAACCAGUGUGGGCUUUUUAGGGAGGGCAGGGAGAGGUUUUGUUUUGCCUGAUGCACUUAUUGCUGUAAAAUAAUAUAUGUAUAAAUAAUAGUAAGUAAAUAGGACAUGACUGUUUGUAGGUAGUGAAGUUUGUACCAAUUAAAAUUUCCAGUUCUGCCAAGCGCCUGGUUUCUAACCAUAGAUACAUAUAUAAAAAACUGUUUUUGUUGUUUUGAGUUGUUAUUGUUGUGUGGAUGCAUGUGUGUGUGUGUGUGUGUAUAUAUAUAUAUAUAUAUAUAUUUGUAUCUAUGGUUUUACCAGGUUUUGGCCUACCUGUGAUGUCAAUACUCAGGGUGGGAACAGUAGAGGAUCCUCGACACUAAGACGUCUCUCCUGCAGUGACACACGGCGUUGUACUGUAUAUCAGCCUUCCUCUGUUGUUGUGCAACUUGCUCAGAUGAGCUGAACUGUGUUACCAUUUGGGGGCUGUGUGUGUGGGGUUUUUUGUUUGUUUGUUUUUUAAUUGAUUUCUUUGUUUUGUACAGUUGAGUGUUUGAGUUGCCAAUCAGGCAGCUGGAGUGCUGAACAUAACGAGGAGACACUUGGCAAAGGAAAAAUGCCUCAAUUAUGUCAAAUGUUUUGUGCAUGUUCCUCACCUCAACAAAAAUGUGACAUUACAUUUGCACUAGACAGUUGCACCUCAAAUAAAAGUGAAAAAAAAAA